AUGCCCGCUCCCGUACCCGAGCACGUCUUGAGGUCGUUUCCGAAAGAUCUCGAGACUGUCGAGUACAACCCUGCGCCAGACGCGUGCGCAAAGAGCGGGAUCGACCUCUUCUUCUGCUCGCCGGAACACCAGAAGCUCGUCUGGAAGCACCACAAGCAGGUGUGCGGUCCCAACGCUCAACCUCUUCGUUACCCGAUGCUCUCCGACGACGAGAUUGCCGACCUCCUUGCGCAUGCCGACGUGCGUCUCGUCACGAUGAGCAUGGUCAAGAAGGACUCAGGCGAGACGAAGGCAGUCGACAGCCUCCUCGCCCAACCAUCGCACACUCUUGCUGCAGGAAUUGAAGCGACUUGGACAGAAGGCAUGUCGUUCAAGGCGCGUACUACUCGUACGCAGGACUUCGUUCAAGCGUUCAAGUCUCCGCCCGAUUUUCUCUCGGCUCAGCAGCAACAAGCCGCUGUUCAGCUUCUGCGCGGCUCCUUGAAGACGGCGAAGGAGACGCUCAACGGAGGCUUUGAAGUCCCUUUCACGCAACUUACCUUCUGGACGCAUGUCGAUCGCUUCAACGACAUCGCUCUGCAGCACUGGAUACGCAUGUCGGGCAUCAAAGUCGCUUUCGACCCAAAGACGCCCGAGUGGUGGUCCUGCUGCCACCACGCCAUCGCCUUCCUUUCGCUCGUCUGGCAGAGGGCGGAGAAGGGCGUCAACGCAGUCCCUGUCGAGCUGAUCCACCGUUCCUGCGAGGCUUACCUUGACUCGAUUGCCGCUCUCUCGCCCUUCGUCGACGAGGAAGAGAUCUCCAAGGUCAUUGGCGACUUCCUCGCCGAGCUUCGCGUCGUUCUCUUGAUCCAGUUCAUCACGGUCGUCGUCGGGGCCAAGCACUUCAUUCGUUGCCAGGGCUGA